UUUUAUUUAUAUUCCACAUUUAUUAAAAAACAUAAAUUUUUUUGCCAAACAAAAAACAUGAAACUCAAUAGGGAAAAAAACUUAGAAGGCACAUUUCGGAAUGUCGGAUAGGACAUCUUUUGGGCCUUGUGAAAUGGACCGGCGAAAGAUUUUUUAAAAUAUAGAUUGGACCGGCGAAAGAAUUUUUAAAAUACAGCAAGAAAAAGACGGCCCAAAUUAUGUUCGAACUCGACUUUAGCCUUCGUUGAUUUUCUCCUUCUCGCCCGUGGAAGCUCCCGAAAAUGGCUUCCGUUUGUUUACGAAGACUCGGAUCACAAAUCCGGCGGAAUCCCUGCCUCACCCACCCCUUUGGAGCCCGAUCCUCCGCCACCUCCACAGCGCGGACUUCCUCCGCCAGGGUCUCCGACCGGAUCGUGAAUCUGUUUGCAAUUGAUCCGGAAGGCCGGAAGCGGAGCGUGAUCGGACUCUCCGGCCAGACUCUUCUCAAGGCGCUGACCAACCAUGGCCUGAUUGACCCGGCUUCCCACCGGCUCGAAGAUAUCGACGCCUGCUCUGCGGAGUGCGAGGUCCACAUCGCGGAGGAAUGGCUCGAGAAGCUCCCACCGGCCACGUACGAUGAACAGUACGUGCUCAAGAGGAACUCUAGGUCUAGGGUUUUGAACAAGCACUCCAGGCUCGGAUGCCAGGUCGUUCUCACUCAGGAGCAUCAGGGCAUGGUCGUAGCAGUCCCCGAGCCAAAGCCAUGGGACACUCCGUAAUCUCUGCCAGGUUCGUCCUCUUGAAGAUUUGUUGUUUUUGAGGUCUCGAAUUGAAUAAUAUGUGAACCGUGUAAUUUGCCUGAAAAUGUUCUGCUUUGAUUGUGACAAUUUCUGGAAAUCCCAGUAGUGAUACUGAUUGCCAGUCCGAGGUUGAAUUUCCAGUCGUGUUUGAUUCCUUUUCCUGAUGUUGAGCUAGUUUUCUUGCUCAGGGCUAUAAACUGAUUUAGUCAUGGUUUCUUCAAAUACUAGUCUUGAAUGACUGAAUGAGCAUCACAGUGUUCAUUCUUUGAGUGAUUAUUUCUUAUGGAGUGGUGUGUUUUGGCUCCAACCAACAGUCUAUCUAUACUGAUGCCUUCCGAUAAAGUUUCUUCUUUCCU